AUCCCCUUUUCCUUCCCGGCUUCGCACUCCACACAGAGACGAGUCUUCUUCUACUCUCCAUCUCUUCUACCUCACCAACCCUCUCCGCGAUCUUCCGCCGUACUACGUCCAGACGCGACGCCGUAUGCUGACUGCAACUUAAUUUCCGGUUUAACCGUCUUUGAGCAUUUGUUGGACGCAUCUCUUCUUCAUGCGGGAUUAAAUUAGGUUUGAACUGAAUCGUCGUCGAUGGGUCAGAAGAAGAAACCCCCCGCGCCUCGCUCCAAGCAAUCGCUAUCUUCUUCAGCGGCGGAGGCUGAGCCGUCCUCUGAGGUUUCCGCUUGUACCUCCUAUGAUGGCGACGAGCCGUCAAAUUUGGCUGAAAUCAAGGUCGAGUGCGAGAAGGCACUGACGUCAUUCCGGCGAGGUAGCUACAACAAGGCGAUUCGGCUCAUGAAGGAAUCAUGCUCUCGCCACCAACACUCUGCCCUGAUUCACCGUGUCCAAGGUACUGUGUGCGUGAAGGUUUCUUCUGUAUACGAAGACGCAGUUACUAAACAGAAGUACAUCCGUAGCGCUAUUGAAUCCGCUAGAAAAGCUGUGGAGCUAUCUCCCAACUCUAUUGAGUUUGCCCAUUUUUAUGCUAACCUGCUUUACGAGGCUGCUAGCGAUGGUAGAGAGUACGAGGAGGUUCUGCAGGAGUGUCACAGAGCCCUCUCCAUUGAGAAUCCAAUCGAUCCUGCUAAAGAUAGUCUCCAGGACGAGAGUCAGCACAAGAUAUUGACACCUGAGGCUCGUAUUGCGAAUGUUCAGGAUGAGCUCAGGUCACUGAUACAGAAGUCUAAUCUUGGUUCGUUGUCCACUUGGAUGAAACAUCUGAGAAAUGGAGAAGGGGAGUUUCGGUUGUUUGACAUGAGGAAGAUGGCUGAGGAUCCUAUUGAGAGUAACUUGGUUCAGACCAGGAGGCCGAACGAGAUUAAGAAAGCUACCAAGACUCUUGAAGAGAGGAGGAAGGAGAUUGAAGUGAGGGUGGCUGCAGGUAGGUUGUUGCAGCAGAAAUCAGAAUCUUCCUCGGUAGAUAGUGUUAACAGCAAGGGAUCAGAUCCAGCAUUAGGCUCCGGUCAGAGAAGCGUGGAGAGGAGAAAGCAUGGAAAUGCAAGGAAGAACGACUCUACAGUAGAGAGAAGAGAUCGGGUUAGAUCAUAUUGGGAGUCUACAGGCAAAGAAAUGAAAAAAGAAUUGCUUAGGAUUAAGGUUAGUGAUCUUAAGAGUCACUUUAGCGCAUCCAAGGAUGGCGAUGCAAAUGAUAUAAUAACUGAAGCUUUGUCCUUUUGUGAAGCUAAUAAGACUUGGCGGUUUUGGGUUUGCUGCAAGUGUAGUGAAAAGUUCAAGGAUUCUGAGUCUUAUAUGCAGCAUAUUGUAGGGGAGCAUAUAGGUAACGUUUUGCCUAAGAUGCAAAUGGUUUUGCCUCAGAGUCUCGAUAGUGAGAGGAUUGAGAUGCUUCUUACUUCCCCAUGGAAACCAUUGGAUUUUCCUGCUGCGGUGAAAUUGCGUUGCAGCCAGCAGAAAAUCCAAAAUACUGAGUUCAAUGAGUUUUACGCUGAAGAUUACAUGGACGAUGGUGACGAUUGCUUCCAGGAUGCAUGGAAUGAUACUUCACCAGAGAAAGAAAAAAUUGGAGAUGCUUGCAACGGUUAUGAGAAGAAUGAGUCGGAAAAGGGUAGGCUGCCAAAUCCGUUUUAUCUUCCUGAUGAAUGGCCGAUAUCUGAUGAUCCUGAACGUUUCAACCCAGAUACGUACCAAGGAGGUAGAAAUAUGACGUCAUGUUUGAGGACACCUCUGGAAGUAAACAGUCAUAAAAUUUCUGAUUCCACAAAGGAGUCUCCGACCUCUACCGAAGUUGGCAUAUUUGGCACAGGUCUUCAGAAUGAAGUUGGGGAAUACAAUUGCUUUUUGAAUGUUAUCAUACAGUCUCUAUGGAAUCUGGGGGUGUUUCGGGCUGAGUUCUUGCGUAGUUCAAUGUUAGAUCACCAUCACGUUGGAGAUCCUUGUGUCGUCUGCUCAUUGUAUGAAGUUCUUACUGCUUUAAGCGCUGCUUCGAGGGAAAUACGAAAAGAACCUGUAACUCCUUCAACACUCAGGAUUGCGUUGAGCAACUUGUAUCCAGAUAGCAGUUUCUUCCAAGAGGCUCAGAUGAACGAUGCUUCAGAAGUAUUGGCUGUGAUUUUCGACUGCCUACAUCGUUCAUUUGCUCAGAGCUCAAGCGUGUCUGACACAGAUUCUUCAGAGAGCAACUAUACAGGUUCAUGGGACUGUGCCAACCGCACAUGUAUUGCCCACACUCUGUUUGGAAUGAAUAUCUUUGAGCAACUGAAUUGCUACAACUGUGAGCUGGAGUCGAGGCAUAUGAAGUACACUUCCUUUUUCCAUAACAUCAACGCUAGUGCCCUACGGAACAUGAAGGUUACCUGCCCCGAGACUGCAUUUGAUGAACUCCUAAAUCUUGUCGAGAUGAACCACCAACUAGCCUGUGAUCCUGAAACUGGUGGGUGUGGGAAACCCAACCAUAUCCGCCAUUUUCUUAACACCCCACCACAUGUUUUUACUGCAGUUUUAGGGUGGCAAAACACAUGCGAGAGUGUAGAAGACAUAGCAGCUACUCUUGCAGCCUUGAAUACCGAAAUAGACAUCAGCAUCAUGUACCGUGGUCUUGACCCUAAGAGCAUAUAUAGCUUAGCUUCCGUGGUUUGCUAUUAUGGACAGCAUUAUCAUUGCUUUGCAUAUAGUCAUCAACACGAUCGGUGGAUCAUGUACGAUGAUAAAACUGUGAAGGUGAUCGGUAGCUGGAGUGAUGUACUUUCUACGUGCAAGAAAGGACACUUGCAGCCACAGCUUCUUCUCUACGAGAAGCAACGUUAACCAAAAAGAAAAAAUGGAAACCAAAACAUAGAGCAAGUGGAGAUAUGGUGCUACGGUUUAGAAGAUCUCCCAAGUACAUACUAAAAAGGAAGUACGUACUUUUUUACAAUCAGAGCGAGAGGAAAAGUGUGAUAUACUCAUCAGUGGUUGAAAGAGGAUGGAGAAGAAGAUUUUGUCUUAUAAUUAAGCUAAAGUGUUUUCAUUGCAAGAGUUGUUACGGAAACUGAAGGUAGUUUUCUUCGUCAAGUCAUUGUCACAUUGAGGAUUCGACUCAUAUAAAUCUAUGCACUCUUCCUUUUUUGGUUUCUAUAGA